AUGAGAGCGCUGCCGUCGCUGGUGGGCAAGACUGCGGCCAUCACGGGCGCGACCGGCGGCAUAGGCUUUGCUAUCGCGACUCGGUUCGCCCAGGAGGGCGCCAGCGUGGUGCUGCUUGGCCGGAGCAAGGCCAAGCUCGAGCGCGCGUUGGGCGAGAUACAGAGCGAUAGAGAUCAGCACCGCCAGAAAUUCUCAUCGGCCGUUCUUGAUGUUGCAAACUUUGAGCAGUGGAAAGAUGUGGCGAAGGAGCACGACAAGAUCGACAUCCUCGUCAACUGCGCCGGCAUCACCCAGAAGUCGCUGCUCGUCAAGACGGAGCCCAGCGAGGUCAUGGACAUCGUGAACACGAACCUGACCGGCGCCAUCUGGGGCUGCAAAGCCGUUGGAAAGCCCAUGCUGAGACGGAAGAGCGGCUGCAUCAUCAACGUCUCGAGCCUGUUGGCAGUCAAGGCGCACUUUGGCACAGCCAUCUACGGUGCCACGAAGGCAGCGCUACUCGGUCUAACCGGAACCCUUGCCAUCGAAUACGGGCAUUUCGGCGUCAGAGUCAAUGCUAUUGUUCCUGGAUAUAUCUCGACGCUCAUGACAAACGACAUCCUCAAGCGUGCCAUCCCGCUGCAUCGUUUCGGUUUGCCGCACGAGAUCGCUGAUGCUGCCGUGUUUCUUGCAAAUAACACCUAUACAAAUAAUUGCAUUCUUAAUGUCGACGGCGGUCUCAGUGCCGGUUGA